UUCUACUUCUUCUUCCUCCAAAGAAAUCAAAGAAUCUGCUUAACCUCUCUCCAAUUUACACACAGCUUCAAAGCUUCCAUUUUCGAAGAUCUAAGAACAAUUUUUAAUACUAAAAAAGAUGAGUUAUUUUAACAAGGUUUGGAUGGCAGCGUCGUUUGUGGCUGUUCAAGGAAACGCCGAUCACGGCGUCAAGUUGAAAACCGGACUCUGUUCCGCUCACCGCCUUCAACGCCGUCUUUCCUCCGAUCUCCGCCCUCUCUCCGCCGCUGAUGUCCCCGUCGACGGUCUUCCUUCUGAAGAUAGACGGCGUUCCUCUUCUUCCACUCCCGAUGAAUCUCUUCGCCAAGUCAUGUACCUCAACUGCUGGAGCCAAGGCUAAAUCUAAAGGUCUUAUCCAUCCACAGUUGAUGAUGGAUUGAUGCUGACUCGUUAAAGGACUCACUGAGUCGGAGAAAGCGAGUUGGAUUUUCCGAUGAUAACUGUAUAUAGUUUGGUGUAUUCUAGUCUCCUAUGUGAAUAUUAGAAGAGAAAUGUUCAUAAAGACCAAAAGCAAGCGUUCGUUUAUGAGAACUCUGUUUCUGUUUCAAUAUCU